AUGACCAGCACAUCAGAUCGAGUGUGUCUGAUCUAUCUGCCCCCUGUGAAGGAAAGGAUUGCUCAGCUUGAGAAAGGCUCCAAGCACUUUUUCCGGAGCUCUACGGAGCGUCCACCAGCCUUAGAGAUGGCCUCAGACAUGGCUGCCCUCUUGGUCAAGUUGACCGCAGCCGGGACUUCCGAUGGUGACAGGAAGGAGUCUGCCCAGCAGGUGGCAGAUCUCGUCAAGGAGGCUGGCAUCACCAUUCUCAAGGCAACGGGCCUCAUUGAGGCACUGAAGAAGGCAUGUGUGGACAAGAAGAACGCUGGGGCCAAGGAGGGUGCCGCGCUUGCUAUCAAUGCGCUGGCAACCACUGUGGGCCAGCCCAUGGAGCCCUACCUCGUGCCCCUGCUGCCCAACAUCCUUGCCCUCUAUGCGGACAAGGUGUCUGUCAAGGCUGCGGCGGAGAAGGCUGCCAAGACCAUUGUUGACAACAUCAACAUCUACGGUGUCAAGAACCUGCUGACUAUCCUCUUUGAGUCUCUCGAGGCUAAGCACAAGUGGCAGACCCGCGUGGGGGCCCUGGUCCUCAUUGGCUCUCUGGCAAAGAUCGCCCCCGACCAGCUGGCUAACUGCCUGAUUGAUGUUGUGCCGACGGUGUCCCAGUACAUGUCUGAUGCGAAGACCCAGGUUGCGGACGCGGCUGUCGUCUGCAUGAACGAGACUUGCAGUGUCGUUGGCAACAUUGAUAUUGAGCCUUUCGUGCCCAGCCUCAUCAGCUGUAUCCCCCGCCCCGAGGAGGUGCCUGAGUGCGUGCAUGGCUUGGCAUCCACCACCUUUGUUCAGGCUGUGCGUGCCCCCACCCUGUCCCUCAUGGUGCCCCUCCUGCUCCGUGGUCUGCGUGAGCGCGCCACGACUAUCCGCCGUCAGACCUGCAAGAUCAUUGACAACAUGGUCCAGCUGGUCGACGACCCGGCUGACGCUGAGUGCUUCCUGCCCCUGCUCCUGCCCGGGCUCGAGAAGGCUGCCAAUGAGAUUGCUGACCCUGAGGCCCGGACUGUGGCUGUCAAGGCGUUUGCCACGCUGAAGAGGGUGUCUGGCCACGGCAAGGCCGAGGAGCAGAAGUUCCCCUCAGCGGCUCCCAAGAAGGUGGAGCAGCAGGUUGUGCUUUCUCUGGCCAAGGAGGCCACCGUCAAGGUGGACGCUGCCUUCGCCCCCUCUGUGGAGUAUGUCAGCAAUGUGAUCACCACCAUGGUUGCGGAGCAGAACUUCCUGUACGACCACUGGAAGUCACAGGCUGUCGCCCCGUACCUGGGCUCCCUGAUGGCUGAGACAGAGGUUGACAAUGUGACCCAGAGCCUGCUGGACAAGCUGCUCCAGGAGACCCAGGGCAAGAAGGUCAAUGAUGAUGAUGAGGAGCAGGGCGAGGACCUGUGCAACUGCGAGUUCAGCCUGGCCUAUGGUGCCAAGAUUCUGCUCAACAACGCACACCUCAGGUUGAAGAGGGGCAAGCGGUACGGGCUGUGCGGGCCCAACGGGGCUGGCAAGUCCACCCUGAUGCGCGCCAUCGCCAACGGCCAGCUUGAGGGCUUCCCCCCCAAGGACCAACUGCGUACCGUCUAUGUCGAGCACGACAUCGACGCCUCUGAGGCCGAGACCCCCGUCGUGGAGUUUGUCUUCUCUGACCCUGCUCUCCAGGGCACCUCUGCUCCCAGCCACAAGGAGGUUGAGGAGACCCUCUCCAGCGUUGGCUUCACGGACGCCAUGCAGCAGGGCCCUGUUACCGCCCUCUCUGGAGGCUGGAAGAUGAAGCUCGCCCUCGCCAGGGCCAUGCUCAUGAAGGCAGACAUCUUCCUGCUGGACGAGCCUACUAACCAUCUUGACACCAAGAACGUCGCCUGGAUCGUCAACUACCUGACCAACCUCCCCAAUGUCACCUCCAUGAUCGUGUCCCACGACUCUGGCUUCCUCGACAACGUCUGCACAGGCAUCAUCCAUUAUGAGGGCAAGAAGCUCAGAACCUACAAGGGUAACCUCUCCGAGUUUGUCAAGGUCCGCCCCGAGGCCGCUGCCUACUACAAGCUGGAGGCUUCCAGCACCACUUUCAAGCUCCCUGAGCCCGGUUUCUUGGAGGGCGUCAAGACCAAGUCCAAGGCCAUCAUCAAGAUGUCCAAGGUUGGCUACACCUACCCCGGCACUGAUAGGAAGAUUAUCAGUGACAUCAGCCUGGCCUGCUCACUGCUGAGCCGUGUGGCGGUUAUCGGCCCCAACGGUGCUGGCAAGUCCACCAUGAUCAAGGUCCUGACUGGAGAGUUGGAGCCUCAGGAGGGCAUGGUCUGGAAGCACCCGAACUUGCGGGUUGCCUACGUGGCCCAGCACGCUUUCCACCACAUUGAGCAGCACUUGGACAAGACCCCCAACGAGUACAUCCAGUGGCGGUAUGCCAUCGGUGAGGACCGCGAGUCGCUGUCCAAGACGCACAGGCAGGCGACUGAGGAGGAGGAGAAGCUGAUGGCUAAGCAGCACGUGAUUGACGGCCAGAAGCGGGUAGUGGAGAAGAUUCUGAGCAGGAGGAAGCUCAAAAACAGCUACGAGUACGAGGUGCGGUUCGUCAACGGGACGCCUGACGACGAUGUGUGGAUGAAGAGGACAGAGCUUGAGGACAUGGGCUUCACCAAGAUGGUGAACGAGAUCGACAUGAAGGAGGCUGCGCGGUUGGGUCUGCACUCCAAGCCCCUCACCAAGCGGGGUAUUGAGAAGCAUCUCGAGGAUGUCGGCAUCGAGCCGGAGGUCGGCUCCCACACCAGGAUGCGCGGGUUGUCGGGCGGGCAGAAGGUCAAGGUCGUGCUGGCGGCUGCUAUGUGGCUGAACCCUCACAUGUUGGUCCUGGACGAGCCCACCAACUACUUGGACCGGGAGUCGCUCGGUGCUUUGGCUGGUGCCAUCCGGGAGUAUGGCGGCGGUGUUGUCAUGAUCUCACAUAACUCUGAGUUCACCAAGGAGCUGUGCGGCGAGACCUGGUUGAUGGACGCUGGCAGGCUGACCGCUACGGGUGUGCCCGAGUACCUGACUGGCCAGGGUGACAAGGUUGAGUGGAAGCGGGAGGAGACCAUGAUCGAUGCCUUGGGUAACGAGGUUAAGAUCAAGCAGCCCAAGAAGAAGCUCAGCAGACAGGAGCUGAAGAAGAAGGAGAAGAUCCGGAAGGCCAAGCUCGCUCGGGGUGAGGAGGUCAGCGACUCCGAGGAUGACGAGUAGACGGGGUUCUGAGGGUUUUGGUCGGAAGGAGUCAUGGCGAAAGCCGAACUGAGUCGGGGGGAGGGGUGUUUUUGAGUCACUGCAUCGCGCAAAGCGCAUGCCGGGGGUCCUGGGGGAGGGGAGGUAAAAGGCACUGCAUAAACGAGAGUUUGAUUACAUUUGUCAAAUGACAAUAUAUAAACAAACCAUUCUUUCGCUGCCAAGUGUCCGGGGUUCUGUGUUGGGACUGGUAGGGCAGAUUGCCUCGGUCCACACGGGACAGGGGUGAGGGGGGGUACAAUAGACGGGCAUGGGGGAAGUCAGUAGAGUGAAUUCACUUGGCAGCUUCCAAGGUAGAAUAAACUCCGCUCUGCAAGCAGAGAUCAAACUCGACAGGAAGAGUGUUCAAAGUGUGGUCCAGUAAACUAUCUCCGUCUGUUGAGGCUGACAAAAGCAUCACGCAGUAACAGUAACCAUUUUAGUAUACCAUACAAUUCAUUGAACUUGCAACUUGAAUUGAUUGUUACAACUUUGUGCGCUGAGAUUGAUGUUAUUCCAGUCCCUUGUCUGCUUU